AAUGUAAAAAAAAAAAAAAAGCAGAUUUCGGUUCUCAAAAUAAUGAAGAAAAUAAAUCACACCACAACGAAACAAUACAUUUGAGCAGAACAUGUUGCUUGUACUGUGUUGUUACUUGUACCGGGUUGAGGGUCCAGAAAUGGUAUUCGAGUAAAAGUAGCAUUAUCUACAAUAAUGUUAUUCAAGAAAAACAGAUCAUGUUUCUCAACAAAAUGUUCUCAAAUCAACCAGUUACUGCCCAUCUCUGGUCACGUUCUCUGGUUUUUAGACUUUUAAAACAAUUUUCUUACUGUAGCAGUAAAGUUUCACUCUUAGUUGUAGAUAAAACUAUUUAUUUUACACAUUAUGUUUGAAACGGAAGCAAAAAGUAAACACCCUCUGUAAAGUUUCCAGCUGGAGGCGGAACUCAAGGGGCGGACACUGUUCCUGGUUGAACGCCGUUGAACGUACAUCCGGUGGGAAUAAAUAACAUUCCGCUAGCAGCGCUAUCCUCUGUCUAUCGUGUUUUUUGCUGCUUGAGCUGAAUCUCUCAGUGUACUGGGUUCUUGGGAAACUGGUGGAGAACCGAACCCGGUCCGGAAGAACAAGGUGGUUUAAUUGGGCUAGGUUCCGAUGAGCUAACGAAACCGAGAGGAGGAUCAAGAAUCUAGUUGGUGCUGCGGAGGAAACAGAAGGUAUCCGUGUUUAUUGCCAUUUCGGUCUUUUCUUUCCCUUUUUACUGCGAUAGAAAAGAAAACUGCAGAUAAAUAGUCAGAAUAAAUAAUAACCCAGCAGAUGUUAAACCAGAAACCAAGAAAUUGACCCAAAAACCGGAAUAUUUUAGCUUCGUCCCCAGUAGGAGGUGUUUCAGAUCUACUCGCUAUCCUCUGCGCCUGAGGCCAUGUUUAUAGACGCUACGAAGAUGCCUGAUUAAAACACGAGGACGAUAAAUGAAUUUAUUAUACAAGAUGUGGGAUUGUGUUAUUUACAGGGAAAAUAUAACAUUUUAUUGAUAAUUCAGUUAUAUAUUUGCAGUACUGUGAAUAUUUUUUCAGUUCUUUGUGUUUUCUGUUAUUCACAAGUUUCUGUUCAUUUAACAAAUUGUAGCAAGAGAGAAUCUAGAAAAUGGCUUUAGGUUGUGUCUGGGGAAACGGCUGCCGUACGCAGGUUCCCAUCAGACUAAGUCACGAUUAGUGGCAGAGGCUUUAAAAACGAGAUAAUAUAAAUAUCUACAGCAGAGGCCACAAGUUUACAUACGCCCAAAUAAACUCAUGCACCUCCAUGUCUGAAGUGAAAUCAGAUCAAACGUCUCUUGUUUUAGCUGUAAUGAGCAAAAGGAUUGAGAUUUUUGAGCAGGCGGGUAUCCACGAUGUUUUAAAGAGGGCUAAAUAAAAACCCAGAUGGGAAGCAGGACUGUAAUUAGAUUUUAUAAACGUGAAUGAUUCACAACAUGAAGGUCAAACAUGGAUAUAAAUGUACAUAAAACGUAAAUAAUUCUGUUUGCUUCCUUUUCUAAAGCUUCGUUGUGUAACUUUUUUAUUUAAAAAAUGUUUUUACAAAUGUUAAGUGUCAUCACUUUGUGACAGUAUAAUAUAAGACAGAUAAUCUGUGGGGAAAAAAUUGAGCAAUGCUACUGUUAGCAUCUACAGAAAUGCACCGCCCCCGGCCAGAAACAACCAAUCGGAGCCAAGAGGAGGGUCUUAGCUCUGUCAAUCAAACUCGUGUAUGCGGUGCUUAAUGUGCUAGGAGGAGAAACAAUUUACCCGUCCAGGAAAACGGUUUAUCCUCUGUCAUCACUGGCUAUGCUAACAAGCCGUAGCAUUCAUGAUAGGCUCUGCUGUGGUGAUCCAGCUGUAGCAUAGCAGAGAGAGAGAGGGAGGGAGUGAGCAGCAUGUACAUGUGAGUGAUUAACAGCGCUAAGGCCCUCCUGGUUCUGGUUAGUAUUUCCUCAGUUGGCACUGGGAGGAAGGCCGACGAGUUGAUUUCCUGUCUCACAACAAACUGAGGCUGAUUUCUGUCAGAAAUCCUUCCUGCCAUGUUUAGAGAGCAAAUGUUGCUACGGUAACUCAACUAAAUGAAUAUAAAUCUGCUGCAUCACUACAUUGUCCUACAUAAUCCAAAAAUGAGACACUGCCACAGAGCCUGCAGCGCCUUCAAAAUAAAAGCAUGUUUUCAAAUAUGAAAGCAACAUAUUCAGAUUAAUGAGUAUAAAAAUGACUUCAGGAAUAUUUGGUUUGUAAUUUCCAUAUUGACUGAGGGAAAAUAACGGACUGGAUCCUCCUGACAUUCCCACGUUUUGAGCCUAUUGUUGUGAUAAAACCUUCAUCACUAAAACAUUCCUUAUCAAUAUUUCAACCUGGCUUGUUUGUUGACCUUUUUGACAUUUUGUGCUUUCCACAGGAUCCUGUUGACAAGAAGAACUUCCUGUGUCUGGACAUCAACUUCCUGUGUCUGGACAUCAACUUCCUGUGUCUGGACAUCAACUUCCUGUGUGUUAAAAUGAUCUAAGAAGGAAACAUCACGUCUCAGCUCUGACUGUGGAGGAAGAGAGACUCAACUGUUGACCCAAAGAUCCCAGACGACCGGAGAUGAACGAGGAGCAGGAGGAACCAGAACCACAGCAGAUGAGGGCGACCAAGAAGGAACCAGAAGCUCAACUCGGUGAGGAAGACGAGGAUGAAGGGUUGCUUGUAGUGAAGCAGGAGAGCAGCAGCUCUGUGAUGAGCCCUGCUGACCUGGGAACGGUCCAUAUGGAUCCGGAAUCAGAGCAGACGAUGGAGAUGAAGGAGGAGCAGGAGGACAUCUGCUGCUACCAGCAGGUUGUAGUGAAGGAGGAGACCGAAACCAUCAUGAUACCAGUCCAUGACCCCAUGGACCCAGAACCAAACCAGAACCAGUUCUCCCCCGAAGCCCAAAACGCAUUCAGAUCCCAGACAGACCAGAACCCACAGGAGAGAUGUUGGACGUCCAGAAGCCAUGAGGACAACUCAAAGUCCAAGAGACGUAAGACAGAUGUGUCCUGUGACGUGUGUGGUAAAAGUUUCAGGCAGCACAGGUACUUGAUUGCUCACCUGAGGACUCACACAGGUGAGAAGCCUUUUUCAUGUCAGUCUUGUGGGAAAAGUUUCCUCAGGCAGCCGGACCUGACUCUGCACAUGAAAACCCACACUGGUGAGAAGCCCUUCCAAUGUCCGGUGUGUGGCAAAGGUUUCAUCCAGAAAACCACCUUAAGUUACCACAUGAGAACGCACACAGGAGAGAGGCCGCACAGCUGUGAGUUCUGUGGUAAAUCCUUCAUACAGAGGAGUGAUUUGACUUGCCACCUUAGGACCCACACAGGUGAGAAACCGUAUCAGUGUGAGGUGUGUCAGAAAUCUUUUGGACACAGCAGUGACUUCACUCGCCACAGGAGGACACACAUGGCUGAGAAACCUUUCUCAUGUGUGACCUGUGGGAGAGCCUUUAACAAGCAGUCUAAGCUGAGUCGUCACCUGAGAGUUCACGCAGGCAGUAAGACGUAUUCCUGUGAGUCGUGUGAUAAAUCUUUCAGGCGGAGUUGUGACUUUGUGCGUCACCUGAGGACUCACACAGGAGAGAAACCGUUUAAUUGUGAAUUGUGUGACAAAUCUUUCAGACAAAAUGGCGACCUGACGCGUCACAUGAGAACUCACACAGGUGAGAAGCCAUCUUCGUGUUCAGUGUGUGGUAAAAACUUCAGUGAGUACAGCAGCAUGCUCAGACAUAUGAGGACUCACACUGGGGAGAAACCGUACAUCUGCAAGGUGUGUGGGAAGCUUUUCCGCUUCGGCGGGCAUUUGACCGUUCACUUGAGAACCCACACAGGUGAGAAGCCUUGUUGCUGUAAAGUGUGUGGUAAAUCAUUCAGUGACUGCAGCAGCAUGUCCAGACACAUGAGGACUCACACUGGGGAGAAGUCGUAUGCUUGUGAAGUGUGUGAUAAGUCUUUUAGGCAGAGGAAUGAUUUGACCCGUCAUCAUAGAACUCACACAGGAGAGAAACCUUUCCAGUGUCUGGCUUGCGGUAAAGGGUUUGUCCAGAAAACAACCUUGAGGUAUCAUAUGAUGACCCACACCGGAGAGAAGCCUUACCCCUGUCAGCUAUGCUGCAAAUCCUUCAGACAGAGAAACGAUCUGACCCGUCACCUCAGAACCCACACAGGAGAGAAACCGUAUAGCUGUUCAUUGUGUGACAAGCCUUUCAGACAGAGUAAUGACUUGGCUCGUCACAUGAAGACUCACACAGGGGAGGAUCUAAGCUGUGUGGUUGAUCAGUCAGACUAAGGUGGACUGAUGUGUGAAGAACUGAACCUAGAGAUGAUCUGGAAGCUUCAAGAUAAAAACUAUUAUUACUAACAGCUGAAAGUCAGUUCAAUUUAGAAAAUACUAAGAAACAUGGUGCUGCGUUGUUCAGUCAGUGGAGCGCAGCAGCUGCAGUCCUGGGUUCAGUUCCUGGUCUCUGUCUUCUCUCUCCUCCCUGUUUCCUGUCCAUCAGUGGUUCACUGACGCCACUAGAGUCAAAAAAGAAUUUAUGAACUUUCUGUUUCCACAACUGUCCUGAGAUUGUCUAAGUGCAACAUUUAUAAUUAUUAAGCUGUUAUGAUGAAUAUUUAGACUCUAGAUUAAUUUUUCUCCUGCCAGAUACUGAAGGAAGACGGCUUAGUUUAAAUGAAAACUAAAGGUUUAAAAUCAUUCAAAUCUUUCAUAAAACUCCUUUAACAUCAAGAAGCCGUGGCCCAGGAGUUCAGAGAUGAGUCUGAUCCACUUUAAUGUCUCAGAAUGAUCAUUUUUCUAACUGGUGAAGGUCACAAAACCAGUGUGACCAGCAGCCAGUCUGGUCAGAGGGCGACUUUACUGGACGGAGCUCCGUGAGUCUGAACGGCACCUUCUGAGGUUCAGACUCUGUUACGUUUGAUGCUUUUUCUUGUGUCUUCACUUUAUUCAUCCAUGAAGUAAAUAAAUUAUUAUUAAUCAUCUGA